UAUGCAUGAUAAACAAAUUUUUUGUCAAUUUUACAUCAUCAUUUAACUUUUCUUGGUCUUUAAUUUUAUUUUAAUUCUGUUUGAAAUUUAUUAGUGAAAUAGAUACAGUAAAUGAACAGUUCAACUGAAUAUUCACUUGUCAUUAAAAAUCAGUAGAAUUCAAUUUCAAAAUGGUGAAUAAAGAAAAAUCCGAUCGUAGGCCCCAGAGGAACGCCUACUGUCAAUGUCUAAUGACAAUACUGAUCUUCAUUCGUCGAUUAUAUGACUCAGCAAUCGAUUUGAUUUUUGGUUUUAUAUACUCUUCCACCGAAGUGAAAAAGCUGCCUCCUCCUAGCAACGAUCUUGUCAAAGAAAGCGCCGUUUCAUUAGCUAAAAAAAUCCGAAACAAAGAGAUAACUUCCGAAGCUGUAGUUGGAGCUUUUAUUCAACGUAUCAAAGAGGUCAACGACAUAGUCAACGCUGUUGUCCAAGAUCGUUUCGAAAGAGCUCUCGAAGAUGCCAAAGCAGUAGACCGAUUAAUAGCUUCCGGUUCCGUUUCACCUGAUGAUUUCAACAAAAAACCUCUACUCGGAGUCCCUUUCACUUCUAAAGAGAGUGUGGCCGCCGAAGGAAUGCUCUGGUCUUGUGGUAUGUUGAGUAGAAAAGGAACUAAAGCUGUCGAAGACGCAGAUAUCGUAAAAAGCUUGAAAAGCGCCGGAGCUAUUUUAAUAGCUGUCACUAAUAUUCCCGAAUUAAAUAUGUGGAUCGAAUGCCGGAAUUAUGUAUAUGGUCAGACUAAUAAUCCGUACAAUACGAACAGAAUUGUCGGUGGUUCUUCUGGCGGAGAAGCGUGUAUCGUAUCUUGUUGCGGAUCUCCUAUUGGAUUAGGUACGGAUAUCGGCGGUUCUGCUCGUUUACCAGCUUAUUUUUGCGGAGUUUAUGGACAUAAAUUGACUGGAGGUUUGGUAAAUACAAAAGGUAUGUCAUUUCGAGAUGGCACUGAAAAAGACACCAUCGUAGCUGCCGGUGGAUUGCUCAAGCAUGCUGCUGAUUUGAAAGUAGUCAACUUGGCUCUAGUUUUACCGGAAAAAAUUCCACUGUUGAGGCUCAACGAAGAGAUAAAUGCUAAGAAAUUCAAUUAUUUCUUCGUCGAGCAGCCUGGGGAUAGACUUAGCAGUCCUAUUGGAUCAGAAUGUAAUAAUGCACUGCUGAGAGUUGUUCGUUUGAUCAAAGAACAUAGCGGUUUUGAUAAUUCUCCUCAAAAAGCGCAUUUUCCCGGAUUCAAGUACUCGUUCAGAUUAUGGAAAUACUGGAUGUCCAAAGAAUUGAAUAAUUUCGCUAAAGAUCUAGCCAAUCAAGAGGAACCAAGAAGCGCAUUCAUCGAACUCCCGAAGAAAUUAGUUGGUAAAAGUGAUCAUACAUUGGCAGCUAUAUUGAAACUUGUCGAUCAACAUUUGCCAUUACCCAACGCUUCUUGGGCCGAAGAAGAAACAGCAACUUUACGCAACGAUCUAAUCAAAAAACUUGGUGACAACGGUAUACUUUUGUUCCCGUCAUAUGCGUCAACAGCUCCUUACCAUUACGUUCCAUUUUUCCGACCUUUCAAUUUUUCUACUUGGGCUAUAUUCAACGUAUUGAAAUUUCCUGUCACUCAAAUCCCUAUUGGUUUAAGUAAAGAUGGAUUACCAUUGGGUAUACAGAUCGUAGCAGCUCCUUAUCAAGAUAAAUUGUGCUUUGCUGCUGCCGAAUAUAUUGAAAGCUUAACCGGUGGUUGGGUUCCACCUUUCUCCUCUUAAUUAAUUCGUUCGUAAUUAGAUUUAUUACUUUAUCAGUAUUGUUUGGACUGGAGUAUACUUUUUCAAUCGUGAUAGGAGUUUUAUCGUUCAAAACACUCUGCUGAGUGGUAAUUUUUUUAGUGUGUUGGUUAUUCUUGUAGAUUUAUUUUUUGUGGUUUAUUUAAUUAGUUCUUUUUGUACUUUUACAAUGGUUUAGGGUGUAAGUUUUUAGUUUUGAGCUGUUCUAACUUAACUGUGAUUAUUAAUAAACCAAAAUUUUACCUUUA